UGAGCCAGACUUCCCUCUGCUUUACGCUCAAUGUUUUACCCUAUGCAGUAUUGGAAGAUAUACUGAAGGGUACAUGCAAAGUUGAUACAACUACAUACCUAACCUAGUAUUACCUAUGUAGUAUGCGCGGCAUGCAGUGGUACAUAAUGUAGCAUUUACAAGGAUUCUUCCUUUUGCAUGAAAAUGACAUCACGAUAAUACAAUGCCACUGUCUUGAACCGAUAUCGUUGAUGUCCUAUUUUCCUAUUCUCCUAUUCUCCUCUUUACUUACCUAACCUUAGAUUACUUGCCAAUGAUUAACGAACAAACAAGUAAAUCAACUUGUAUAUUGAGACAAAAUGUCGCAAGCGCGAAAAUGGCUCUAUGCUUUAUUGCUCACGACAACAUCGGUGGUAGCAACUGAACGUUACAUAGACCAGGUUGUCAUGGCGCCACCUGAGUUGCCGUUGUCGGAUUCCGAUGUAUAUCAAGUUCAACAUGAGCUAAAAAAGGCCGAUAUCUUUCCUACGGUCAUCGACAAGUUCCUCCCCUCAUUCCUCCUAGACGCCACAUGGCCGUCGGGGGAGCAUGCAGACUUGGGCAACACCGUAAAAGUAGACGAUGUCCAGGAUGAGCCCGCCAUCGUAGUGCGCCCAGGCAAAUCAUCCUCAUCGGUGCACCACCACCAUGGGAACCCAAACGUGACCUACACCAUCACCAUCACCGACCCGGAUGCUCCCUCCCGCGAUAACCCGGAGUGGUCCGAGUUCUGCCAUUUCAUCGCCACCGGCGUGAAGCUCUCCCCCUCUUCCUCUUCUUCUAGAUCGCAGCCGGAUACUCACAAGGUGUUAUCAUUGUCUGGCUUGACGGACAUCAUCCCGUAUAAACCUCCCGGACCACCGGCUAAGACGGGCAAGCACAGGUACGUGUUCCUGCUGUUCGCGCCGGCGAACGGGACGACGGACCCGUUGCGCUUGAGUCGCCCGGAGGAGCGGAAGCAUUGGGGGACGGGGAGGCAGAGGCACGGGGUUAGGGAUUGGGCGGAGGAGAAUGGGCUGGUGCCUGUUGCGGCGAAUUUUAUCUACGCUCAGAAUGAAGAGCAAUGAUGAUGUUUAGUAAGGCUGUGAGUAGCGUGCUCUUGCUACCUGAGGGGUUGAAAGUAUCUUGGUUUAUAUGUGCGUUUGGCUUUGAAUACUGCCAAGUAGUUCGCGUAUAGUGGUACGGGAAGGUUGAAAAACGUCUAGUCUCUAGCGAUGAACAGCAGCCCGUCUUGUAUAUUAUAAUACUCUGAUAGUAUUGCCACUCCUUCUCAACACCUUUCGAUCAUUA